AUGUUUUUGUUUCCUAGAAUCAUUCCGACACGGACAGUAUUUCCUUUCCGUUUCCGAGGUGUUCCAAAAUUAAAAUUUAAGCAUCCAGUCCACAACGUGUGUAGAAAUUCAACUUUGAAUUUUCAGCCAAUGUCCACCAAAGACAAUUUUGAGUUAGCAAGUUUCAGGUUUCUCACUCUAUUGUUUCAUUGUCUAUAUCAGCGGUGUCGCUGCAACGAGAACUCCUUUUUGCUACUUGAGUACUUUUGCAGGGAGCAUGGACACCACGUUCUGAUCUUCGCAUCAGAAUUUGCGUCUCACACGAUCCCUGCAUUUGUGAUUAUUUUCCGUGGCGCCAUCAUCUUCUCGCCGCUCUUCCUGCGAACUCUUACUUGAAUCACUUGACAAACCGCAGCUGCUAAAAAAGUUUCACUCUUUGAAAGCUUCAACGGAAUAAAGGAGAGGGGGUACUGGCGCAUGAUGUGGCCUUCGAGUCGACCUAUGCAAAAAAUCCGAGAUGACUCCUGGUUGAUGUUCUUGACUGCGCAAUCUCGCGCCGUUUCCAAAAGAGAGUGCGGAAGCGUGAGAUGUACGACGCAACUUCUAUGUUUUUUGUUGAU